AUGUUUGCAUCAAUUGCUGUGCUUGGUGCUGCCGGAUACUCUUAUCACCGAUACUAUAAGUUUCUGGUCCUUGAAAAAAUGGACAACGCAUUCAACCCAGGCGAUCCGGCCCUCGAAGUCGCCGGCGUAGCCCCUUCAACGGUUACCGAUGACAGUGACACAGACCACUGGAUCGAACGCGAGGAGCAAAACAAGGUUGAUCAGAUAGUCAAUGGCACCUCUCGAGGACGUUAUUAUCUUCUCAUCGGCGAAAAGGGUACAGGGAAGACGUCCAUGCUCCUCAGCGCCAUGAGAAAGAUUGAUGGCGAUGGUGUGGCUUUUUUUGAAGCCCAUGCAGACCUCGAAAUUUUCCGUAUACGGCUUGGCAAGGCGUUGGACUUUGAGUUUCAUGAAGACUACAUUGGCAGUCUGUUUAGCAUCAGAGGGCCGCGAGACACCACCGCAUUGCUAGAUAUUGAACGAGCUCUUAAUAAGCUUGAGAAAGUCGCUCUUGCGCGACGGCGCAAAGGUGGAAAGCCUCUCAUUUUAAUUGUUAAUAGUACCCAUCUAGUCCGAGACGAUGAGGAUGGACGCGACCUGCUAGAAAUGAUCCAGCAGCGUGCUGAGCAAUGGGCGGCAAGUAGCUUGGUUACAAUGAUUUUCAACAGUGAUGACUACUGGGUGUAUGAACGGUUAAAGCGUUACGGUACCCGAAUGGAAAUUAUUCCUCUCCCAGAUCUUCCCAAGGAGAAAGCAAUGAUGGCCUUACGACAGUACCGAAAAAAGUAUUUCAACGAAACCUUGGACGAUUCAAUACUAGAAAAGGUAUAUCAGAAGGUUGGCGGACGACUGUCAUUUUUGAACCGCGUGGCGAGGUCGAAGGAUAUGCUCCAAGCCUGUGCGACGAUACUACAGGCGGAGAAAACAUGGUUUCUCAACAAAUGCUGGAUAUUGGGAUCAGAAAUGGAUGAUGAUGUGAUGGAUGAACAGAAAUACUCGUCUGCUGCCAUGGUCCUCGCCAAAGAGCUGGUCGACCGAGAAAAGGCAAUGGAGACCUACGAUCCCGAAAAAGGCUAUAUCCUACCGGAGAUGCCUCUUCAUGAGGCCCGACAAGUUAUGACAAGAGCAGACUUUAUCCAAAGUUACGAUCACGACAACAUAUUUACCAUCGACUCUAGAGGCAUGGUUCGAGCCGACUCUGUUCCGAUGCAAAUCGCCUUCAGGGAGAUAUGUUUGGAACCAGGCUUUUCAGAGCACCUGGAAAAUACCUUGAACAGAAUCAGCGAUAUUGAAAGCUUGGGCAGGACCCGGGAGCUAACCAUUAAAGACUUCUGGGAUAAUGGGUCGUUUAAGGCGAUUAUUCGUGAUACUAAAGGCAGAGAGGCUGGGACUGUAGAAAUAGGUGUGGUCAAACCGAAGGAUGGGGAUGAUGAUGACUAA